AUGCCAAAAGCAGGAGCUAGUUCCAAUGCUGCACCAUCUCUUGCACGUACAAUUCAAGCGAAAAAACGUCGAACUAAAAAUGCCGGAAAGCCUCGACCACCACGAGAUUUACUUCAAAAGAAAUUAUAUGAGAUGAAUACAGGAACGAAUUCUAUUGCUUUAUAUCAUUCGGCCGUUGAUGGUCUAAUCCCUCCGAUGGAUAAUACUGAAAAAAAUUUGAUGACCAAACAACAAAUAGCAUGUUCACAUUAUCCAAUCAUAAGUUCACCUAUACAAACAUCAUAUGUACCACAAUCAUAUCCAAUACCUUCAAAUCUUUUCCGUUCAUCAACAGGAUCUAUAUUAUAUCGUAUACCAAAUUCUCGAACAUUAACAACAACUAUUCUUCAACCAAAUAAUAUGCGAUGGGAUUCACCAAUAAAUAUUGAUGACUUUGAAACAUAUCCGUUCGCUAGUGACAAAAAAAAUUUUCAAAAUUCAAUUAUUUUAUCAUCUGGAAAAAAAUUAUUACGAUCAGAAUCAUUAAAAAUUUCAAAUAAUAGUUAUUCACUGAAUAAUGAUUUAAUACGAAAAUCAAAACUUGAUGCAAAAUAUUUCUGUGGUCUAGCACCGAUUGAUGAAAAUAAACUAACGAUAAGAGACAUACCUACUUUUCGUCCUCAUUCACCAAUAAUAAGUAGACCUACAACAACUGCUAGUGGUACAGCUCCUUCACCAUCAGCUGUAACACCGUCAACACCAAUUAUUCAAACAGAACAUGUUCCAAUACCGCAAUCGGAUUCAUCAUUUACAAUAGCAAGUAGUGGUGGCUUGUCAUCAAGUGCUCCACUUCCUACAUCAGCUUUACGCAAUAAUGAUAAUUUAAUGGUAGACAUAGCAAAUAUGAAUGGUCCAUUAGCUGCUCCAAUUAAUGUUGAAAGUGACAAUGAAGAAGAAGAAAAUCAUGACAUUCGUGGUUCAGAUGAUGAUGAACAAGAAGAUCCAAAAGAUUAUUGUAAAGGUGGUUAUCAUCCAAUAACAAUAGGUUCCAUUUUUAAUCAACGUUAUCAUGUUAUACGAAAAUUAGGAUGGGGCCAUUUUUCUACUGUAUGGCUAUGUUGGGAUCGUAAAUCUGCAAGAUUUGUUGCAAUGAAAGUUGUUAAAAGUGCUAAACAUUAUACUGAAACAGCAUUAGAUGAAAUAAAAUUACUAACACAUGUUCGUGAAAGUGAUCCAUCAGAUCCAUAUCGUCUUAAAUGUGUACAAUUAUUAGAUGAUUUUAAAGUAGCUGGUGUUAAUGGUACACAUGUAUGUAUGGUUUUUGAAGUACUUGGACAUAAUUUACUUAAAUUAAUUAUACGUUCAAAUUAUCGUGGUAUACCAAUACCAAAUGUUAAAACAAUUAUUAAACAAGUACUACAAGGUCUUGAUUAUCUUCAUCGCAAAUGUCAGAUUAUUCAUACGGAUAUCAAGCCUGAAAAUGUACUAAUGUGUGUCGAUGAAGAACAUGUCCGUGCUUUAGCUUAUCAAGCUGCUGAAUGGCAUAAACCUGGUAUUAAACCAGUUGGGUCUGCUGUUGCUACCGCACAUAUUGUAAACAAACCAGAUCCAAAAACGAUGUCAAAAAAUAAGAAGAAAAAAUUAAAGAAAAAAGAAAAACAAAAGCAAAAAAUGUUAGAACUUACUCAACAACAAAUUCAAGAUGCGGAAAAACAAAAGCAAAAUUUAUUAAGUUCACCCAACCAACUUAAUUUAAACAAAAUGGUUCUUACUGAUCAAACAACUCAAUCAAAGCCAGAUAUUUCGGAAAAUAUUUCCGGUGAACAAAAAAUGAAUGGUCAUCAAAGUCCUUCAAUAGAAAAACCUGAAAACAAAUCAGAUGAAAGUGACGAAGAAAAUGCUAUAAAUCAACCUGGCAAUGGCCAUGAAAAAGAACAACAAAUAAACUUAACCAAUGGAAAUAAUAAUAAUACAGAACAAGAACUUAAUGAACAAGCUGCUAUGGCUGCUGCAGUUGCUAUUUCAGGAGAUUCAAAUAAACAAACAGAAUCCAAUGAAACUGAUGUGACAUCCAGACCUCGACCAAUGGCUGAACGAACACCAAAUCCAGUUUUUGAACUUGUUCUUGAAGAUAUACUUCAAGUUAAAAUAGCUGAUUUAGGAAAUGCUUGUUGGACAUAUCAACAUUUUACAGAAGAUAUUCAAACUCGACAAUAUCGUUCACUUGAAGUUAUACUUGGAGCUGGUUAUGAUACAUCAGCUGAUAUAUGGAGUGUUGCUUGUAUGGCAUUUGAAUUAGUUACUGGAGAUUAUUUAUUCGAACCACAUAGCGGAGAAGAUUAUAGUCGAGAUGAAGAUCAUAUUGCACAUAUAAUUGAAUUAUUAGGUCCCAUACCUAUUGAAAUAGCUCAUUCAGGUCGAUAUUCAAGAGAAUUUUUUAAUAAACGAGGACAAUUACGUAAUAUAAAACAAUUAAAACCAUGGGAUUUAUUUCAUGUAUUAACUGAAAAAUAUAAAUGGCCACCAUAUGAAGCUAUUGAAUUUACGCAUUUUCUUGAACCAAUGCUUCAUUAUGAUGUUAAUCUACGUGCUACUGCUGCUGAAUGCUUAAUGAAUCCAUGGAUUACUGGCGAACCUCUAUUUGGUAAUCCUGCCGAAGGUUUUAUGUAUUCAGAUGAACAUUUCGCUUAUGGUAGUAGUAGUAAUGAACAUAGUCCUUCGGCAUUGCAAGCAGGCGCUAUUGGUUUUGAUUUUCGUACACAUCCGGCUGAUUUUGGUAAUUUCUUAUCAGCUGCUGUUGGACAUCCACAAUUUAUGCAUGGUGCAGUUAAUUUUCAUCCAGAUGAAUCGGAUGAUGAUGAUGAUGUGUCCGAGCAAUCAGAUGAUCUUGAUGAAGAAGAAGAUGAUGAGGAACAAUCGGACGGUGAUGAAAGUAGUUGUUUAAAUUUUUCAUCAAAUGAUACUCAAAAGUUUUCUACUGCUCCGAAAAUUUUCUCAAUUAACACUAAUACUAAAUCUAAUAUCAAUAAUAUAUCAGUAUCAAAACAAAUUGAUCAUGUAUCUCAAAUAAAUUCCGAUGAAUCAACAACACUUGUUUCAUGGAAUUUAUUUCCACGAUCAAAACCUAUUAAUAAACAACAAGAAAAAACUAUUCUUAAUGAACACAAUCCAAAUUUAAUUCUAACGAAACAAAAUCUAUUGAACCAAAUUGAUCAAUCAAAUUCAAAAUCUGAUUAUAUUGAUUGGACAAAUUCUCAAUAUCGUACAUCAUCUAUAGAAACAACAACAAUUAAUAAUCAAUUAGAUGCUAUAAAUUUUCUUCAAGAAUAUUUAGAACAUGGAAAUAGUGAUGUUUUGAUUGAUUUACUUCAUGAAAUAGCACAGGAAAUAAAUAUUGAGCAACAUAAUAAUCAAAAUACAUAUUCAGCUAUAAAUAAUAAUCAUCUUCCUUUAACACCAAUAUUUAAUUCCAAUCUUCAAUUAUCAAAUAAUAAAGAAAAAAAGAAUAAAAAAGAAAAAUCUCCUGAAAAAGAAAAAAAAGAUUCUCAUGAAAAUAAGCAUAAUCAAUACACAAGUAACAAAACAAAAAAAAAUAAACAUAAAAUAAAACAAAUUGAAGAAACAACAACCACAACCACAACAACAACUGAUUCAGAUAAUGUUGUAGAUUCACCAGCCUUAAUUAACCCAACACGUAUAGAUUUCAAUAAUCCUAAAUCACCAUCCUAUUCUCCAGUAGAAACAACUGGAUUUCAAUCUUUUUCUAUACCAGUACCACAGUCAGUUGCACAUCUUUCUCAAGUUCAACAACAAUUACAAACAAAUCCUCAAAAUUCAUUUGUAAAUAAAACUACACAUUCACAUAAUAUAUCUGUACAACAACAGUUACAAUCAUUAUCACAGAUGGCACGAGAUGGAGACGAAAUUUUGAUAACAUUAAGUGUAAAUGCAUUAACUCAAAAACAACAAACAAAUAAUAAUAAUAAUAAUCAAUAUUAUCAAGCAUCUAUUCAAAAUAAUAAUCCUUAUUCUUCGUCACAAUCAUACGAUCAAAUGAUGCCACCGCCCACAGGAAUUCUAAUGCCACGUAAUCUUGAAAUUGUUGCAAAAGGCUUUGCACGAGUACAAAAUGAACAUCUUCAACCUCCACCAUUAAAUCUAUAUACACAACAACAACAACCUCCCAUGAUGCAAUCAUAUAGUCAGUCACCUUAUACAUUCGUUCAUCCACCUUUUGUACCUCGUUAUCCAAUACCAUGUCAUUCGAGCAGUGGUCCUCCACAAAUGCCUAUUGGACCACCGAUUCAACCUAUGUUUGCUCCACCUAAUAUGAUGAUGUCUGGUGGAUUUGCUCGACCACUGAAUGGUACUGAUUUUACAUCUAGUAUGCGAAACAACGUUCAUGCUGUUCAUAAUCUAUCGCAUAUAAAUAAUAGCAAAUGUGAUUAUUUAUGUCAAUCAUCAUUAAACCAACCAGAUUUUCGUGGACGACCAUCUCCUGGUGUAAUAAUAAAUCCAUAUUUUUCUAAUCCACCUCCAUCAAUCAAUUUCUCUGCUAAACAAUCUUCGAAACAUAAAGCAAAACAUAUAUCAACAAAAAAUAAAUCUAUCGAAUAA